GGCCUGGGUCCUCUCUGUGGUCAAAAACAUGCCGCUAUAUGCUGAGGGACAGAGAAAUCCAUAGACAUAGAGACAGACAACACAACUUCUGCCGGACAGAUCAAGUAAAGGUUCACCCCCACCUGUCUGUCUGCCCCCUCCUUAUAUUACCAGAGGAGACGAACAGACCUCCUUGCACAUCUGUUCUCUCUCUUAUCGGGCCUCUUUGGAGUGAGAGUGUGCCUUUACGACAUCUAUACAUUUGUUCAUCCAUCCAGCUGUGAGUGUGGCGGUGUGAGUGUCCUGUACCCUGUAACUAUGAAGGCCACAUAUGUGCUACUUUGUGUGGGUCUGCUUGUUCUUCCUGCUACAAUCUGUCAGUCUCCUGCUGAACGUGACUCUUACACUGAGUGUACAGAUGGCUAUGAGUGGGACGUGCAGACUCAACUCUGUCGAGACAUAAACGAGUGUGACACUAUUCAGAAGGCAUGUCAAGGAGAGAUGAAAUGCUUCAAUCACUAUGGUGGGUACCUGUGCCUUCCUCGCUCUGCCCAUGUGGUCACCGCACCUGAGUCCUCCAGCCAAUCAGAGCCCAGUAUGCCUGUGGAGACUAACGAGGCCUUUAACCCCUGUCCCGUAGGCUACAGGGCCCAAGGAGAAACCUGUGAGGACAUUGAUGAGUGUGAAUUGGACAUGCAUGACUGCCAGCCCAGCCAGCAGUGCAUCAACACCGUGGGCACCUACACCUGUCAGUGCCCUGACGGCUACAGCAAGAUUGGCAUAGAGUGUGUUGAUAUUGAUGAGUGCAGGUACAGGUACUGUCAGCAUCGCUGCGUGAAUGUGCCAGGAUCUUUCUCUUGUGAAUGUGAGCCUGGAUUCCAGCUGGCAGGAAACAACCGAUCCUGUGUUGAUGUAAAUGAGUGUGAGAUGGGAGCACCUUGUCAGCAAAGGUGUUACAACAGUUAUGGCACAUUCCUGUGUCGCUGUGAUCAGGGCUAUGACCUGGGACCUGAUGGAUACUCGUGCAAUGAUAUUGAUGAGUGCAGCUAUUCCAGUUUCCUUUGCCAGUUUCAGUGUAUGAAUGAGCCUGGAAGAUUUUCCUGUGUUUGUCCAGACGGUUACGAGCUACUUGGAACACGACUCUGCCAAGAUGUGAAUGAGUGUGAGACAGGCACUCAUCUGUGUGGGGAGAGACAGGUCUGUGUGAACAUCCAUGGAGGGCAUCAGUGUUUGGACUCCAACCACUGCCAGGACCCCUACGUCCAGGUCUCAGAGAAUCGUUGUAUAUGUCCAGUGGUGAAGCCAGAGUGUCGUGACAUGCCUUUCUCCAUUGUGCAUCGAUACAUGAGCAUCACCUCUGAACGCUCGGUUCCCUCAGACAUCUUCCAGAUCCAGGCCACCAGCGUCUAUCCUGGAGCCAACAACUCCUUCCGCAUUCGUUCUGGAGACGAAAAUGGAGAAUUCUACAUACGGCAAAUCAACAACAUCGGUGCCAUGUUGGUUUUGGCCCGAGCAGUGACUGGACCGAAGGAGUACGUCCUCGAUUUGGAGAUGGUGUCUGUCAAUCCUCUCAUGAACUACCAGACCAGCUCUGUUCUUCGUCUCUCCGUUUAUGUUGGGCCUCAUGCUUUCUGAGGAGAGAGAAAAGGAGGGAUAUACAGAGACAAAAUACUG